AUGUCGUCGGUGAAGGAUCAGUUUCAACAGCUCGUGAACCAGGCUGAAACUCAAAUAACCUCAAGCGGGCUUAGACAGGACUCUAAAGACUUCCAAGAACUUUUGACAAGCAACAUCGCACAGUUUCUAGAAUUGAAAAACUUGGUUUAUUCUAAAUUAGCACUCUUUAGUGACAAUGAAGGACUUGAAGAUUUGAGUACCUCUUCAAUGCCUCUUCUGGCGCUCGAUUAUCACCUGGCAUGGCUUCUAUCCAGAAAGCAGGCCGUUCAAUUGGACGACGUAAAAGACAGGAGCCGCAUACGGCUAAAGUUCCUUCGCAAAUCAGUACAGUUAUACAUGCAGCUGCUAAUAUCUUUACAGAAUUAUGGACUUGUCAGCUCAGAGUUGUCAAAAAAACUCGAUAGUAUGGAUGAUCCCUACGACCCAAAACUUGAAGACCUGUAUCCGCAACCGAGUGACGCAAAAGAUCUAUCAUCUGCACAGCUCAAAAGGCAACAAAAAAUCGAAGCUCUGCAGUAUGAUAAGGAGUUAGAAGCCAAGUUAAAUGUCUUAGAAAUGAGAAGAAGUAAAGAAACCCUUGAAACCGACGAUGAACUUGUUAGAGAGUUACAGAAGACUAAAUUGCAACAGAUUGCAUCUAAAGCGAUUCACGAGACAGAACAGAUACUUUUUGAAAUAGAACUGCUAUUCAAUUUGGUCGCAGGACCACCUCUACCUCCUGCAAAUAAGGCAGUUGAAAGUGCCAGCGAGAAAACAGGUCCCUUGCAAUAUACCGAGAAAUUAGAAACGCUCAACGUACCACUGAUAUCGAAAGCUGGAAAAGUUCUUCGCAAUUUCACGCUUGUCGAUCAGAAAUCACAACUCAAUAAGAAAGUCUUUGGGUUUGGUCAAUACGGACCAACAAUGUCAGUCGAAGAGUUUCUUGAACAAGAGUUUGAAAGCGGGCGAGUCCUUCAAGGCGGUGAAGAACAUGCCGCCGAGCAAGACGAAGACAAUCAAGACUGGCAAGAUGCCCAGACUUAUAAAGCUCGUGACUGGGAUGAAUUUAAGGAGUCUCACGCCAAGGGCAGCGGUAACACUAUGAAUCGCGGCUAA